UAGAAGUCAAUGGGUGGUGCAUCGGUGUUGCGCGCGGAAUCUACUCGGUUGAGUUCAAACAGAGGUCAUUCGCCAUUCACUUUCACGAGACUAGUGUUUCUGUAUUUUUUUUCCACACCAUAAAUUGCGAACAUGGAGCUAAUCGGUAACGUGAAAAACUACGAUUGGGGAAAACUCGACGCGGAAUCGUACGUGGCCAAACUGGCCUCGGUGAACGAUGGAAAGUUUGUCCUGGAAAAAGGUAAGCCGUACGCCGAACUCUGGAUGGGUGAUCACUGCAGUGGCCCAUCGGUGGUUAAAUCCAGUGGUGAUGAAUUGGGGGUUUUCAUUCAGAAGGAUUUGCCGGGAACAAUCGGCGAGGGACAGACGAAACUGUCCUACCUGUUCAAGGUGCUGAGCAUUCGGAAGGCGCUUAGCAUUCAAGUUCAUCCCAAUAAGGAAGAAGCUGAAAAACUGCACGCUCAAUUCCCGGACAUUUACAAAGACCCAAACCACAAACCGGAACUGGCAAUCGCUCUCACCGAGUUUCAAGCUAUGUGUGGUUUCCGGCCGUAUGCUGAAAUUCACUCGCUUCUCACUGCUUGGCCAGAAAUCGAAACCUUGCUGGGAAAGAAUAACAUAGAAAGUCUUGCUUCUGGCGACGAAGCCGCCCUCAAGAAGCUGUACGCCACGCUCAUGCACAGCGAACCGGAACAGUUGGAAAAGUGCAUAUUCGGAAUGGUAGCCAAAAUUCAAGCAAGAUCGGCUCGUUCGGAUCUGGACAACCUGUUCCUUCAGCUGCACAAGGAUUUCCCCGACGACGUGGGCCUCCUCUCGAUCUACUUCCUCAACAUUCUCCACCUGAAACCGGGUCAAGCAAUCUACCUCCCUGCCAACGUUCCCCACGCGUACAUUUCUGGCGAUUGCAUCGAAUGUAUGGCAUGUUCGGACAAUGUCGUCCGAGCCGGGCUGACACCAAAGUUCAAGGACGUCGAUACUUUGCUCCGGUUGGUCAGCUACGAGGGUUCCCCGUCGGAGGCGAAACUCUUCCAACCGGUCCAGCUCGAUAAGGCCAAUCAGCCGUACACGAGAACGUUCAUUCCAACCGUGCCGGACUUUGCCGUGGCUGAGAUUAAGGUUCCCAAGGGAGUCGGCAGCUACACCAUUACGAACAGGCCGAAUGGAUGCAUUCUGUUGGUUUGUUCCGGGAAGGCUAGCCUGAAAUCGGAAGCGAGCGGGGAGGAACUGCGGUUGGAGUUUGGAAAGAUUGUUUUUGUGCCGGCUAAGGCAGGUGGUAAGCUUAAGUUGCAAAUCGAAGAUAGCGGAAGCGAAUUUGUCGCUUAUCAGGCGAUGAGUAACGAUUUUUAAGAAAGGUUUUGCAGAAGAAAACAUUGGUUGGUUAUAAGUAUCG